AUGCCCAGGGCGCCGCCGCCGCCUGCCAUUCCCGGCGUCCUCCGGGAGCGGAAGCGGAAGAGCGGAAGCAGCGGCGCGGGCGGCCCCUCAGAGGACGAGCAGGCCCCGCGCGAACCCGCCCGCGCGAACCCGCGCCUGCGCUCCCCGGCGCGCCAUGGCGGCCCUGCAGGGGGCCUUUCCGGGGGAGGAGCCGCGCCCCCGCCGGCCCAGCUCCUGCCCCUCCGGCCCGCGGCGGGGAGCGCCAUGGAGGGGCUGGGGGCCCGCCGGGCCGGCCUCUGCGCGCCGCCGCCGCCGCCGCCCAGGAUCCGCGCACGGUAGGCGGGCGGGCGGGCGGGGGGCGGGGGUGGUGGUCCGGGCCUGGGCGCCUGGCGGCUCCCGCUGAGCGCAGCCUUCUCUCCCCCGCAGGCCGCCCGCCCAGCGCCGCCGCCGCAGCAGCCAGAAGCGCCGCCUGGACGGGGAGCCCGACGGGUAAGCGCCGGCCGGCCGGCGGGGAAGUGGGGAGGGGGCGCGGCGGGGAGCGGCCCCCGGGAGCCCCGUCUAAGCUGCGCCAUUCCUUCGCCAGCUGCCCGGAGGCCAAGAAGAGGCUGGCGGAGGCGGUGCCUGCCUUGGGAGAGUGGCUCCUUGUCGCGGGCCAGCCGUGCGGCCCGGGACUCUCUCCGCAGGGCCAGAGUCACCUGCCUGGUCCGCUGGACGUUCCCUGGGAAGAGAUGGAGCAGUCGGCGGGGGAGCUGCAGUGCGAGGCGGCCCGCAGGAAGCUGCAGGAGAUCGAGGACAGGUAGGGGCCGAGACAGUUCAACUCAGGAGGGGGAAGGUGCCUCCUUUUGCAACCCCCUGGACUGGAUUUGCUGCUGCUGGCCUGGUGUUUGCUUGUUUUUUGUUUUCGCACUGGUAUUUUCUCUACUUUGGCUGAAAGUGAGUAGGUGCAGAGGUGAAUAGGUGAGAUUGAUAGACCUCAUCUUCUCCUCCCCCACCCCAUCAAUGAUUCCAUCAGAAAUUGCCCAAACACUUCCAAGGUUGCCUUCACAGCAGUGUUGGAAACUUUGAAGUAUAAGCUAAUUGCCAAGCAGCGCCUUAAACUUGCAGUUGCCGCAACGGAAUGUCUAGCUGCUUUUUCUUUUUUUGUGGUGACAUUAUUAUUAUUUUUUUCAUUUCAUUUCUAUACAGCUUUAUAUUUGAAAGAAAAAAAUUCAUAUCCCUCCCUUUCUGUUGCUAGAAUAAUUGACGAGGAUGAAGAAGAUGAGAGCGCCCUUCCAGCAGGAGGUGUCUGCACCCUUCCCACCUUGGUUCUUUCUGACACCCUGAAAACAGGACUGAAGAGGGAUUACGAAGGAGACCUGACAAGGCAAAUGAUCGAGUCCAUGUAAGGAGCUGCCAGAGCGAAGCCUGGCUCAUGGUGGUGCUUGGGAGGGGGCCGCACAGUCCACUGAACUAACAAUGCAUUUGCCAGUUUCACACACACCCUGCCCAGGGCCAUAGCAAGGCAGGCUGUGACAGGAUCUUCCUGCCUGGCUUGAGGAGGAGGUUGUUGAAGGGACUAAAAAUAGGCAACUGUGGGGAUGAACUCCAGAGCAGCAGUAACACUGCAGGGCUUUGGCUAGGGGUUGAUGCAGCAGGAUUCUCUGUUGUGAUUCCUGUGCUCUCAUCCACGCAGGAGCCGCCCCUCCAUGGAGCUGGUGCUUUGGAAGCCUCUCCCAGAGUUCUUCACUGAAAGGACGCCUGUUUCUGUGAAAAACUUCAAGCCACUGAUCACAGGAAGAUGCCCCACGAAGCCAGCAGCCCAGGAAGCUGCCUUUUGCCCACAGACGGCAGAGUUUCCUGAGCAGCCUCAGCAAGAGGAGAUGCCUUCGGCCCUCUAUGGCCCCCUGGGGCGCCCUGCAGGUGCAGACGAAGAGAUGGAGUUGUAGGCAAAGAAGAAGGGGCUGAGGCAGAGUUCUCCAGACAUGCUGAGGCUGGACUUUUCGGGGGAGGGGACUGUGAGGACCAUAAAGAGUCUAGGGUGGAAUAGUAACAUGUCUGGAACAUGGAGCAGAAGACGCUUUCAGAGUCCUUGUAAAGAAACGUGAUGGGUAGGGUUCGUAUUUUUCCUUUUGGGUGUGACUUUUUUCUUCCCUUUUCAUGGAGUAAAAGUCAGGAGCUGACAGUGUAGUAGUUCUGGCUCAGACCGCCCUCAAUGCCCACUGAGCUACAAGUGUUGUUCUGUUUGGAACUUCAGUGGAGGAUUUUCACCUGUUUUAAAAGGAGAGUCUCAAUCUUGAGUGUUUGGUUGCCUGCGUUCGCUUUCACUGCUGCUCCUUGAGCCGUGUGGCUUAAGCGUUGCUGUGAGGAAAGGGCACCUUGCAGGCAUCCUUGCCGGCUCAAGUGUGGCCUAGAAAUUGUCAAGAGGUGGGGUGGGAUAGAGGCCAAGCCACAGAGCUGGCUGCAGGCCUUAGCUUUGAGUCAAGAGUCAUUUCUGUUGACUGACUCCUGCUUACUCUCCCCUUCCUCCCAAAGAUUGCUCCAUUGGGUUGAGGGAGUCAGGACACAGUUGAUGGCUUUGGGCCAACCAUUCCCAAAACCAAUGUCAUACAAGUAUCAGCCUGCCCAAAACAGCAGCUUUAACGUUCAUUUCACCUUGUGCCUGAAUCUGAGCCAUGGCUGGUGCUGCCAGUCCUCCAGUGACAACUGUCUGAAUGCCAUAGAACACAAAGUUGCUUUCCUCUGGAACGAUACCUCGUGUCUUUAUUCAGAAAAGCCAUUUCCUGGCUGCCAGGAAGCUACAAAAUGGUCCUUUCCUAAAUCUAGAAUUACGAGGAAGGGCAACAUCAGCAAAACAUCCUCACCUGAAAGACUUUAAAACCACACUCAUUUUCCCCUGUUCUUGCUUCAUUUCCUGGAUGGUCACUUGAGUUUAUGUAUAUGUCCUUUUUGUUGGUGUUUUUUUUUUAUUUUUAUUAAUCCUCCCUGCCCACACUCUUCUUCAAAACGUUAGAACAAUUGUACCUAAACAUUUACAUCUUAAUUCAGAGUGGAAACCCUGUGCAUCCACCCCCCAGUCUUGUUAAGACUAAACUGUCACCUGCAGCCAGCAGGGCUAGUGGUCAAGAGAUUGGAGAUGUAGCCUGGCAACAACUGGUGGGCCAAAGAAGUAUGAGAAAAGCAUUUAUCCCAUUGUUAUUUUCCUUUUUGGUAGUCCUCUACAUGCAAGCAGAAGUGGCUUUUAAACUGCCCAAGUUUCAGAGGAUGGAGGGAAGGACACCAAGCGGUUAGAACCUGCUGGUCCCCACUCUGGUAGCAUGUGGAAGGGCCUCCACAGCUGAUGUGAGAAGACGGUGAAGGCAAAUGUCUCGCUCUGGCAUUGGGUCUUCCAUUGGUGGUUCUUUUUCAGAUGUUGCAGUUACCAUUCAUGCUGGCUAAAUGCUGUUUAAUGAAGACUACUUCUGUUGGUGGAAGGAUAAAAUAAGUAUAUAAAGAAAGAAUUCCUGAAUGCCAGGAUCCAGGUUUGGGGCAAGUACUCCAUGGUGAGGACACAAGCAAAGUGGGAAUACAGACCUUUAGAAUAUGCCCUUGUGUAUUCUAAAGGACAACACAUUUGGUAAGCUUAAAAUUGUCUAAAACUGUCCAAAGGUCAGAUUCAUGUGCUUUUCCGUACAGCAACAGCACUCAGAAAGUUGCAUAGGCUGUAAAACUUGGCUUACUUACAAAGUGGUGAAAGUUCCUAAAUUAUUGGUAUAAUUUGUUAUUGGGAGGUUUGUUAGAGCCAUGCGGCUAAGCUGGAACACAUGCUGAGCUUUUCAGGGGGCGGGGCGGGGCGGACAAAGACUUGAUUAUCUAGUCUCUCAAGGUGAGCUAAGCCUGGCAGGGCAGCUUUUGUAAGCAUGUUGGUUAUGAGGCUGCUUAUCCCACAAAUACCGGUGAGAGAAGGGGAAUUCUUCUGAUUCCAGAAGUAAAUAGAUCCAGAUCACUUUAAUUUAUUUUCCAAUUCAUUUUUGUCAUUGAGACCUGUCUCGGCUUCCUCACAGGAAGACAGUGCCACACAAGUAUAGCUCAGAGGGGGAGUUCUCUGAGUGUUUGCUGGUCCGUCCGUUUGAAAUAAGCAACAUUGGAUAGUGGUCUGUCUUUGGUUGGACCAAUUUGUAUGUUAAUAAACUUUUUUAACGUUUGUAGUAUGCUGUGGGAUGGUGUUGCUGUUUUGACCACUGAAGAGGUGGUGGAACAGUUGCAAGUUUCUACUGGCCCCUGGUGAUGCUGCAUUGGCUAGCUGCCAUGAAAAGCUCCUUUGGACUUUUUAGUUCAGCCUUUGCCCCUCCAGAAGGCCCUGAAAAAUAUACACCACCGAGCACUCGCAACCUACUGAAGUGAUCAAACCAUCUCCCUGAACAAGCUGUGUUGCAAAUCAGCAAGUGACAUUGUGUCGCUAAAGCAAUAAAAGCACCUGCAGUUGCUGUGUAAGGUGGAGCAGGUCUCUUGCAUCUCAAGCACUAACAGCGGCCUAAAUGGGACCCCCCCCCAAAAAAAAACCCUGCCUUGAGGGACACAUUACCACACUGCACUUUCAGUGUUUUGGCAACUAUUUAUCUGGCUCUCCCCUUACAACUUCUAGUGGCACCCUUGGAUUUUGAGUCUUUCAUGUCCACAGUUUUUAGCCUAUGAUCCCUUAAAGUGUUGUGACUUAGUACUUGUAGUAAUCUGUAUUUCUGUGUCAGCUGAAAUGAAGCUGCAGGUCAAUGCAAGAGCUAAUGGAAAGGCACCAUGUACUGUGCCUCAUUACAUAACAUGGACUUGUUUUGUGCCUACCUGCUGCUUGUUUGACAGGAUUGCUGGGGCAGCCCAGUCAGAUGGGUGACAUCAAGUUCUGCUGUUAUGAGAUGUACACCUCUGAGAAAUAUCGAGCAGGGAAGUUGCUGGAAACCACUUCAACAAAAAAGGCAUACACCGCUUCUGCUUGGCUCUUUCAGAACAAUAUGGGGAGUUCUUGGGCUUUCACAGCUGCUGCUUUCAUGCAACUGCUAUUUUUAUCAGCCAGAAGUUUUUGUCCAGUUUACUAAGCCCUCCUCCAAAUCAGAAAGGUGGGCCUAUUUUCUUGCUUCCUGGUCUGGAUCAAAAGCAGUUUCACAGCAUUUAAUAGUACAGUGGUACCUUGGUUCUCAAACUGAAUCCAUUCCGGAAGUCUGUUCCAAAACCAAAGUGUCCAAAACCAAGACACACUUUCCCAUAAAAAGUAAUGCAAAAUGGAUUACAGUGGUACCUCUGGAUGUGAACGGGAUCCGUUCUUGAGGCCUGUUCACAACAUGAAAGGAACACAACCCACAGCGGUGCAUCUGCACACGCACGUGUUGCAAUUCGCCACUUCACAUGACGUCAUUUUGCACGUCGGCCCAUGUGCGAGUGGCGAAACCCGGAAGCAACCCUUUCCGGUACUUCCAGGUUUCUGCGGGACGUAACAUGAAGUGGACGUAACAUGAGGUAUGACUGUAAUCCGUUCCAGACAAUUAAAAACAAUCCCUAAAACAGCAAUUUAACAUGAAUUUUACUAUCUGACGAGACCAUUGAUCCACAAAAUGACAGCAAUAGACCAGGCUGCAAUUUACUACCAAGUAUAAAUAACUAGCACUGAUCUACCAAUUGCCAUUGAAGGGACAAGUGUGCGGGGCUGAUGCUGCAGUGCUGCCGUCGCCACCCCCCCUGGCGCUGGGUCCCUCUGCUGCCUUUGUCAGUGCAGCAUCAGCCAUCCCCUCACCGCUUCCGCAAGCAACCAACAGAAGUGUGGAACUCAAAAUGGAAGUGCACCCCCCGCACGGAGUACGUUCGGAUUCCAAAAAAAGUCUGAUAACCGGAACACAUACUGGCUCAAUUCUGAUACCUUGUUCCUUUCAAGAUCUUAAUGUGAAUGAAAAGGAAUGGUGCAAAGCUAGUGACUGUUCUUUAUGUAGCAAUGCCAUACUUUCUGUUCUGACUGCCCAAAUAAUAAUAAUCUUUCUUCAAACCCUAAACCACCUUAUUGCCAGCAAUUGUGCAAUACUGUCUAUAGGAAAAGUAUUUUACAGGUUUAAUAGGGUGGGGAAGGCAGGCAAGAAAUCACUUCCAUAUUUUUUUUAAUUGCAGAUAGUUGUUUAAAUAUGCAGCGGAGGAAAAAUAAUUAUUACACUUUUUUGUUUUACAAAAUAUUUCUAUCCCAAAUUGCCCCAUUAUUUACAUAAAUGAAAAGGGGAAAACCCACCCACCCCUCAUAGGGCAAUGUCUUACUCAAAGAGCACAGGUGCCCACUUCUAACCCUGUAAAAUGUCAAUUUCUUAGAUCGCCUCAUCUCUGCAUUAGGCAAAUGUUGGGUAGAUAAAACAUACAAAUGAGAACAAUACUUAAGGUUCUGCUGAAACACUUUCAAGAGGAAUGUUCUUUAUAAGUAGCCCUGCUCUCCUUUUGGCUGUGAGGGCAGGGGCUCACUGGGGGAGUCAGAGACUCUUUUACACACUGAUCAGCUGCGGAAAAAGUUCAUUGGCAAAGGCCUCCUCCCAGCCAUACUCUGCGUCCAAUGGAGAGGACAGGUCACUGAAAGGGGAAGGGGAGCCCUCGUAACCUGAAUCACUGGAAGCAUCUAGCAGACAGGGGGUGAGCUGAGGCUUCUGGUCUGAGGUGAGCAGGUGGGAGACGCCCAGCUCAGGUAAGAGAACAUUGACAGGCUCCUCCUUGACAGAGAUGGGGUACUCCAGGGGGAUGCUUUCAGAGGAGGGAGGAACAACUUCCUCUAUUCUCACUAGCAUAUUGGCUUGGCCCUCCCCCUCCGCCACAAUCUCCAGGAAGAAGGGUUUGGUAUACUCAUGGUCAAACCGUAUCAGUUCAUUAAUGGCCUCCAGCUUGGGUGUUGUGGACCCCAGAGAGGAACUGGGGGAGGCUGGUAAGGAAUCUGCUUCUCCACUCGCUUCUUGGUGCAACUUCUCCACACAGGCUGGUUCUGCACUUCCUCCAUAGUGCAGGAACAAGUCUGGAUCCAAGCUGUCCAGAAUGCCCAAGAGGAGAUCAGACUGCAAAAGGAAUAAGUCCUCUCAUUAGCACAAAAAACAUCCCAUUCCAAGAUGUCCCAGUCAGCUCCCCAGCUCCUAACAACCCGCCUAACCCGUUGGUGAAAGUAAGGUGGCUAGCCGUUGCUGUGAGAAUGUGAGGAAAUCAAGGCCGUUCUUUGUGGGAUGAAGCCCAGUCUGAGCUCUGCUCUACGAACCCAAAGGGGUCCACGUUCCAUCUGCAUUUGUGCACAGCAGGCCAGAAAGGGUUGCAACAGAACUCACCUCAGAAUCUGAAGAAUCAGAGUUGUCUGGAUCCAAGCGGAGGCCACCACCACCAAGGCGAGCGGCUGCUGGGCCUGUCCCUGCUGCAGAGGAACACGUAGUCUAAGUGCUGCAGACUCAGCGGACCCGGCCGUUGCCCCAGUGGUGCUGCCCCUCUCGGGCUGCUCCCCCUCAUCUUCUUCCAGCAUCUCCACCUUUGAGGGGGAAGGAGAGAGAGAGACUCAGGUGAGCGCUCGAGUUCAGGGAGACAGGUGGGGCCUCUUGGAGCUGCUCUCUUACCUUGAGCGCUACUGCCGUCGGUGCUGCCCCUCCUUCUGCUCCUGCUCCUGCGGGCGGUGCCGCCGCCGCCGCCGCCGCCGCCUCCAGAGCGGGGAGCCCGAGGCGCAGGCGCAGCUCCCGGUUCUCCCGCGCCAGGCUGUGCGUCCGCUCGCGAAGCGCCUGAUUCUCGGCCAGCAGCUUCUGGUUCUGCGGGGAGGAGAGAGGCGGCGCUGAGCGGCGGGAAGCGGCCCCGGGAGCCCUCUCCGGCCCGCGCUGCCCUCCCUGGCCCACCUACCUCCGCCUCCAGCUCGACGGCCUGCCGCUCCAGCUCGCCCAUGCGCGCCUUCUUGCGGUCCCGCGCGCUCUGCGCCGCCACGCGGUUCUUCAGCUUCCUGCGGAGAGAGGCUGUCAGCGGCCAGGCCCGUCUCCGG